AUGCCGAACUUCCGAGGAUCAAUGGAGGAAAAGAGGAGACUUUUUGCAGGGACAUUAAUGUCAGUAUUGAUGUAUGGAGCUCCGGUGUGGGCCGAUGACAUCGGGAGCAAUAAGGAGAUACAGACGAUCCUGAGGAGAACACAGAAGAAUAUAGCCGGCAGAAUAGCCUGCACCUAUAAAACCGUGGCUUACGAAGCCACUAUGCUGUUAGCAACGAUGAUACCGGCUGAUAUCCUAGCUAUCAAAUAUAAAAACCUUUAUUUAAGGAUUAAAGACCUACGAAAUCGCGGAAUAGGGAUUAGCGAAAAAGCCAAGGAUAUACUAAAAACGCAAGCAAGUAGUCAUGCGGUAGCAAGUUGGAAAAGAAAAUGCGAAAGAAGAGGCGGGUAUGGACGAAGAGUGAGGGAGAUGAUUGCACUGAAGCUCGAGGAAUGGUAUCAGAGGAAAGUUGGUAGAGUAACAUUCCAUAUGACACAGAUAAUAUCGGGACACGGAUGCUUCAGCAGCUACCUAUAUAAAAUAAAUUCGUAA